CACGCUCCACUGGAGUUGCGGGGAGACGCGUAGGCGGUUCAAGCCAAGUCAGUGCUGAAUGCGGACGAGAAGAAACUGCCGCGGGCGCUGAUUUGCGGUUCGUCGCGUAGGCGGCGAAGCGUCCCACUGUAGAGGCGAAAAUCAAAGUACUACGUCCUACUGUAGAGACGACCCGCGCAGCCUUUACUAGUUUUGAGGCGCCUCAAACGAAGCCGAAGCGUCGACUUCGACGUUGACUACUCUCGGCUCGGGUCCGCGUCUGCGCAAAAGGGUUAGAGGGGGCUUAGACGGCGUUUUCCGACAGCUGCGUCUGAGUCGAUACGCGAGAUUUUUUAGAAUUUUUUUGGCGCCUCAAGAUUUUUAGAAUUCUCAGAAAUAUCUCACGAAGCCGAAGCGUCUACUUCAACGUUGACUGCUCUCGGCUCGGAUCCGCGUCUGCUCAAGAGGCGACAGACGCGGAAAGACGGCGUUUUCUCGACAGACAGCUGGUAGAACCUUUGAGUCGAUACACGAGCAGAGUUUUCUCGAAGCUUCCAUGCCGAAGAACGGGAACAAGCGGAAGAAGAGAAAUGCCGCGACGGGUCAAGAUGCAUCGAAGGUCAGCGUGCAGCACGCGCUUUCAGGGACGAAAUCAGGACCGUCCGUAUCACAACCCCCCGCCAAGCGGGCGAAGGGAGAGGGCGCAGGGUUUACCAGGGGUGAGGGUUUCGGGUUGAAAGAGAAGAAGGGUUUACCUGGGGAAGUAACACUUAGAACGGGUCAAACUGGGAAAGGUAGAUCGGGAAAAGGUAAAUCCGGUCAGGGAGACCAGAUUGGCCAGGGUCCACCACAAGAGGCGGUUAAGGGCUCGAUUGCAGCCGUGGAAGCUGCAGAAACCGCCAGAAAGAAGGGGAGGCAUCGGAAAGGGAAAGCAGGCGUGGAGGGGAAGGGCGCUGGUGCUGGUGCUGGUGCUGGUGCUGGUGCUGGUGCUGGUGCUGGGGUUGGCGCUGGUGCUGGUGUUGGCGCUGGUGCUGCUAAGAGUAAGGCGUCUCAAGCCAUGCUUGGUGGCGGCAGGGGCGGCAGCUGCAGCAACGCGAAUGCAAGCAGUUUAGGCGGAGGCAGCAGCAGCAGUAGCAGCAAGAAGCGCUCAAAGGCGCACCCAGACGCGCCUCAAAGCAUGGCCGCAAGCAUUAGAGGGGGAGGCAGCAAUAAGAAGCUCAGCCUACUUGACAAGAUGCGUGCUCGGUUAGCUGGGGGUCGUUUUCGAUCGCUCAACGAGUCCCUGUACACUUCAGACGGGGACAAGGCCUUUGCGAUGUUCUCAGAGGAUCCGAAUGCAUUUGCACAGGCCUUUGCGAUGUUCUCAGAGGAUCCGAAUGCAUUUGCACAGUACCACGAGGGCUAUCGGGAGCAGGUAUCAUCCUGGCCAAUCAACCCCCUGCACGUCAUCAUUGACUGGAUCCGCCAGCGGCCAGCAACCCUCACAGUGGCUGACUUCGGCUGUGGCGAGGCGAAGCUAGCAGCCAGUGUGCCCAACACAGUGUUCUCUUUGGAUCUCGUGGCUGCUGCACCGCAUGUGAUAGCAUGCAACAUGGCGCAUACCCCCCUGUCAGCAUCAUCUGUGGAUGUUGCAGUCUUCUGCCUCUCUCUCAUGGGCUCUGACUAUCCCUCCUUCCUCUCUGAAGCUCAUCGCGUCUUGAUGCCAGGCGGUUCUCUCAUUAUUGCAGAGGUCAGAAGUCGGUUCGACCCGACCACAGGAGGGGCGGAGCUGAAAGACUUCCUCUCUGCACUCAAACACUUGGGGUUUCGCCUUGUGACCAAGGAUCUAACCAACAAGAUGUUUCUUCUUCUUUUCCUCGAGAAGGUGCAAGUGCAAGCGAAGAUUGAUUCUUCGUUGACUGUUGACAUCAAAUGGCCGAGCUUGAAACCAUGUCUUUACAAGAGACGGUGAUGUGUAUUCCUGCGUAUGAUGAACGAUGACUCAAGGGAACAAAUAAGAGAUUGGUUUACUUCACUCAUUCCUCACCACUGUUGAAGGAUACUAUUUCAAUAUCCACAUUCAAAAUUCCUAACCAUGUGCUCAUAACUU